UUCAAUUCCUUUAUGUCACUUUAAGUUGUAACCGUUUUAGUCUUACAUCUUAUGAAUAUGUAUUAUAUGUGCAUUGUUUGUUUAAUGUUGAGCCCUGUAAAGGAGCAUUUAUAUUACUUAUCUUAUGAUAAAUGGCAUUGCACUGGCUGCUCAUUGUUAUUGGAAAUACUAGUUCCAAUUUGGUACUUUAUUAUCUAGACUGGAUAUGGAUCGGCCAACACUGUUUGACUUCCAUGGAGUCUCCAUGAUCAAACAAUUCACUGACAGCUGGGAGGAGGUACAGAACUUCAAAGCGAGACCAGAUGAUAUUGUUAUAGUUAGUUAUCCUAAAUCAGGAACAACAUGGGUCUGUUACAUCAUGGACCUACUGUUUUUUGGGAAGACAUGUCCAGAGCGCCUGACGUCAAUCCCUCUUCAUGAGAGAGUGCCGUUUCUGGAGAUCAGCAGAACUUCCCCUACAUCAGAAUAUGUACAGAAAGGCAGAGACUUGUUAGACCAGCUCACAACUACUCCUCAUCUGAUUAAAACUCACCUGCCAGUCCAGUUUCUACCCAAGUCCUUCUGGGAGCAGAACAGCACGAUAGUCUAUGUGGCUCGCAAUGCAAAGGACACUGCUGUUUCGUAUUACCAUUUUUGCCGCAUGAAUUAUUGCAUGCCAGAACCAGCUGAUUGGAGCACAUUUCUACAGAAUUUCGAGGAGGGAAAGGUGUCGUACGGAUCCUGGUAUGACCAUGUGAGCGGCUGGUGGGAGAAGAAACAGAGUUAUUCGAAACUUCACUACAUGUUCUACGAAGAUCUGUCUGAGGACACGGGACGAGAGAUGGACCAACUCUGUUCCUUCCUUGGGUUAUCUCUUUCAGCUGAGGAUAAGGAAAAUGUCCUUACCAGAGUGAAAUUUGACAAUAUGAAAACGAACAAGAUGUCCAACUUUUCCACAAUCCACCAUAUGGAUCAAACCGUUUCUCCUUUCAUGAGAAAAAACGAUUCUGUUUCUCUAGGGAAAGUUGGUGACUGGAAGAACCUCUUCACUGUGUCCCAGAAUGAAAAGUUUGAUGAGGACUACAAGCAGAAACUGAAGAAUCCUACACUGCAUUUUCAUUAAGAUGCAGAGGCAGCAAGUGUGGCUGGGGAUAUGGAAGGCUAACAUUUGAUAAAUUGUUCUGCUUGUUUUAAGCACCACAGAAGACGUUUUUAUGUUAACAACAGCAGUUUUAUGCACCUAUUUGCUGAACAUAUAAUAUUGUAGAAUUGGCCUGUUUAUAAGGCUACUUCUAGGGGGAAUUGGUGUGCAAUGGAUAAGGGACCAAACAUGUAGAGACAGCUAAGCCUUCAUACCCACCUUGUUUAGAGACAGGCCUGGCUGUUUAAAAUGUCCUGAACUGUGAUUAUUUUCCAUUUUACUGCAUUUUAUAAACAAGGGUAUUGUUGAAUAUGUUGUGUGAGAAAUGUUUUCUUAUAAUUGUUACUGAUUACAGCAAAAAGAGGAGAAAGCCUGAUUAAUGUUGGACAUUAACGUGUGCAGUAUGUAUUUGAUCCAUUUAGAACAUUUGUGAAUCCUCUCAUUGUUACCAUUAUGCAAUAUCUGAAGUUCAUACAAAAUAAACAGCAAUAACAA